AUGCAACACGAAGACACCAUCCAUCACGCCCCCAACCGUCUUUCAUUGACGUUCGACGACAAUGACGACGAUUACGACGAAGACGAAAUGUCAGAGUAUCAACCUUGGACGGAAGAAGAAGAACAAGAGGUAAAUGCUACUGCUACCCGAGGAGGAUCAGAAAUGAAACAAGAUGGAAUUCAUUACUCGCACUCGCCAACUCGCACUCGCCCAUCCGCCCCUACUCGCGUCCAUCGUCGAUUAGAUGAGAUAUUGCACAACACCAGGGAGGAUAUCAAGUUGGUCUUGAGAAAGGCCAGGUUGGAGAUAUGCAAGGAUGAGUACGACUCGCUCGAAAGAAGCAUGAACCAAUGGCUUUCGACCGUUCCUCUGGGUGAUGGUCAAAGUCGACAACUGAUCUCUCAAUUCAAGCAUGUGAACGAUGACGAUGACCAAGGUGAGGAUGACGAUACCAUCAUGGAUGUUUCUGAAAAACCUCCCUCAGUAUUUCCAUCAUCCCCAUCGCCAUCUCAUAACUCGCCAACCUCAUAUCGUUCCCCCGGUUUGGACGCCAUCGUCCAGGAUGAUGAAUCGGCCUAUCGUUCAUCUUCCUCUGUCAGAUUUUACACCGGAAAGAAGCAGGAGGAAGAGAAAGCGAGAGAGGAUCCAUUCAGUUCCAAUUUGGACAAGGACGGAUCGAUCAACCGUUCAACCUCAUCCUCUCCUGUCAUCUUUCACACCGGUAAAAAGCAGGAGAAAGAGAAAGCGAGAGAGAAUCCAUUCAGUUCCAAUUUGAACAAACACAAAUCGAUCAAUAUCAAUCGUUCAACCUCAUCAUCCUCGGUCAAACGUGUGAAUUGGAAAGAGAGAGAGAAAGAGAAUCAUAUCAUUAAUUUGAAGAAUGGUCUAGAGAAGGAGAAGAAUAAGAACAAGUCAUCACCAAAUGCCAAAAAAGUAAACGUCAUUGCGGCCUGUAAAGAAAGGACAAAAGCUUAUCGUAAGAUGUUCAACACCUUCAAUGAUCAAGCUGCAAACUUCGUAUGUCGUUGUGUCGGGCCACAAGAUGUGAAUGCCGUGACUAGGGAAUUAUGGAAUAGGUUGGAAAAGCUUUGGGUGGAGACUGAGGAUAAAUACCAUGCAACCCGAAACACAGUGUCCACACGUGGAUCAUGGGGAAACACCGCAUUGGGUCAUCUACUCAUGAAACCGUGGGAAGUCUUCAAAGUUAUGAAACAAGAAGGGUUCGAUAACAUGUUCGGUAUUUCGCUGAGCGAAUAUCACGAGUUCAGAAGGGUAAUCGAUCAAGCUUUGAAAAAAGAAGGUCUGACUCGUUUGAAAGAUCGUCAGAAAGGAAUGUUGGGUGGUGAUCAUGUCAGGGUCAGGUCUGGGCAUAAACGCGGUGGAGGACGUUUGGUCAAGAUCAGGGUUUUCGAUGAUGAUAAUGAUGAUGAUGAUGAGGAGGAGGAGGAGGAUGAGGAUGAUUAA